AUGAAUGAUUCAGGCAGUGCACAUCUUUUCAUUCCUAAUGCAGAUGCACUUAUGUGUUCUUUGGUGCCGAAUUCACCUACGAAAACAUUCUCGUACACAAAAGGUGGUCUUCUAUACAGAAAGGGAGUAUGUAAUCUACAAAACGUAACAGCUCUGUCAUUUCUCUUGAUUGUUUAUGCGCGCUUGAUGGAUGGUAUGAAGAAAAGAAUAGGCUGUGGAAAAGAAAUGGUGGAUUCAAAAGGGCUGAUAAAUAUAGCAAAAAGUCAAGCUGAUUACAUACUGGGAAAGAAUCCAGAGAGAAUGUCAUACAUGGUGGGUUAUGGAAGAAAGUAUCCUCAGAAGAUUCACCAUCGUGGUUCGGUGUUGCCAUCUAUGGAUGCACACCCACAACGCCUUAGGUGUCAUGAUGGAAAUGUAUACUUCAAAUCAGACAAACCCAAUCCAAACAUCCUAAUAGGAGCCCUUGUCGGAGGACCAGCAUAUAACGAUUCUUUUCAGGAUUCUCGUUACAAUCCAGGUCAAACGGAACCAACCACCUAUCUCAACGCUCCUUUUGUUGGUGUUUUGGCUUACUUAAGCAAACCCACUCUCGUUUAG